AUGCAGGAACCAGAUAAGAAAAGUAGUAGUAAAGAGAAAAAGAGUAAAGGCAUAGGAAAGUUCAGGCAGGGUGAGAGCAGCAGCUCAUUCAUUCCAUUGUUCAGAGAACCGAGCAGCAUCGAGAAGAUCUUGGGUGAGGCAGAAAGGGAACACAAACUAACAUUCAGGCCACCAACGCCUCCUGCUGAACAACCCAGAACUCCAAAUUUUGUGCCUCCACCUUCCAGAGUAGUUUCUUCUUCUCCACGGGUUCCCUCCCUACGAGUUAGUAGCUCUCCAAGGGCUGCUACUUCGCCAAGAGCCCCAUCUCCAAGGGCUGCUGCUUCCCCUAGGCCUCCAUCUCCAAAGGCUGCUGCUCCUUCAACUUCUGCUAGAGCAGCUUCUCCGAAGAAUGUGGAGCAUGAGAGGCAAGUAUAUAGGAGGAUUGAGCCAACAUUGAGAAACCAGAAUGCUUGUGCUACCAAGAUCCAAGCAGCUUACAGAGGCUAUAUGGCAAGGAGGAGCUUUAGAGCAUUGAAGGGUCUAGUGAGGCUCCAGGGAGUGAUCAGAGGACAGAAUGUGAAGCGCCAGACGAUGAACGCGAUGAAAUGCAUGCAGCUCUUGGUUCGCGUUCAGUCUCAGAUUCAGUCACGGAGGAUUCAGAUGUUAGAAAACCAGGCACGUCAGCAUAAGAAGAACGAUAACGAAGUUGAGUCUCAUUUGGGGAAACGGAGCCAAGCUUCGGAAGCAGGGAAUGGGGAUGACUGGGACGACAGUGUGCUGACAAAAGAUCAAGUUGAGGCAGGAUUACGGAGUAAAAUGGACGCGGUCAUCAAGAGAGAAAGAGCAAUGGCAUAUGCAUAUUCUCACCAGCUAUGGAAGGGCACUCCGAGGGCUACACAACUAUCUCUAACAGACAUUCGGUCGAAUGGAUUCCCAUGGUGGUGGAACUGGCUCGAGCGUCAGCUCCCAGCCUCAUCAUCAAACAACAAACAAGAAAGCCAGCCGACAAAGAGUUUUCAACUCACUCCAACGAGACCUUCAUCCCAAGUGAAGCCUAGCCCUGUACAUCAACAACAUUUCGCCUAUGACGGCAUGGACACCCCCACACCACGGUCUACAAGGUCCACUGCCAGACAGGUUCGAACGCCGGUCCACAAGAUGACCCCAAACAACAAUGCAGCAAACAGCUCAGCAGGCCUAUCGAAGUACUCGAGAGCACGAGGAGGAGGAGGGGGCGAUCACUCCUCCCCAUCGCCAUUCAACUUCCCAUCCAAGGACGACGACAGCCUGACAAGCUGCCCGCCAUUCUCGAGGCCUAACUACAUGACUCCAACGGUCUCCGCCAAGGCAAAGACCCGUGCCAACAGUAACCCCAGGGAGAGGUUCCCUCUCCCUGGGACGCCGAGCAGCGAGAAGAGGAGGGUCUCUUUCCCAUUUGGAGGUGGGCAAUCAUUCAAGUGGAAUGCUGGCAGUUUGUUCUCUUCCAACAACAACAACAAGGGCUCAGGAUCACCAAGGGUGAUUGACAAGCACCAGCCAAUUCACUCCAUUGGGAAUUUGAGUGUUGAUUCCACAGUUUCCAUGCCUGCUGCUGUUGGCAGAAGGCCAUUUAACAGGAGGAGAUUAGGGAUUUCGGCCUCUUCACUCCCUGCAUCUCCGGCGUCCCAAGCUAGUAUAUUACUACUCUCCGGCGGCGUUAUCUUUCUGACCGCCAUGGCGACCGAGAACAACUCCUCGGCUUCGGAUGUGCCGGUAGGCGUCUUCAUGAAACGACGGAUCCUUUCAGAAAUAAGCACACUCGGGGACGAUCUCCUAAUAGAAAUUCUGAUUCGCCUCCCCAGCCCUAAAUUCGCCUGCCGAAUCAGUACCGUCUGCAAGCGAUGGAGUUCCCUGAUCUCGAGUCCUCGAUUCAAUCGCAGUUUCGUUUCUCACCGCGAGAGCAUCAACGAACUGCAACCACCUCUGGUACUUUCCUCAGAAGACCAGCAAUCGAUCAUCCCGGGCUUUGUCCCUAUGCCUACUGUAGAUCAUGAGCUGCGUUUCUCAGUUCUGGAUUCCUUCCAGGACUUGCUUCUAUGUGGGUUUCAGAUGCCAGAAGACCUUGAUGACGAAUUCCGCAGGUCGUACUUCCUCUGCAAUCCGUUUACGAAGCAAUGGAUCGCCCUUCCUCUGGCGCCUUGCCGGCCGACGAGGUGUUGGGGAUUGGAACCAGAUAAGAAAAGUAGUAGUAAAGAGAAAAAGAGUAAAGGCAUAGGAAAGUUCAGGCAGGGUGAGAGCAGCAGCUCAUUCAUUCCAUUGUUCAGAGAACCGAGCAGCAUUGAGAAGAUCUUGGGUGAGGCAGAAAGGGAACACAAACUAACAUUCAGGCCACCAACUCCUCCUGCUGAACAACCCAGAACUCCAAAUUUUGUGCCUCCACCUUCCAGAGUAGUUUCUUCUUCUCCACGGGUUCCCUCCCUACGAGUUAGUAGCUCUCCAAGGGCUGCUACUUCGCCAAGAGCCCCAUCUCCAAGGCCUGCUGCUUCCCCUAGGCCUCCAUCUCCAAAGGCUGCUGCUCCUUCAAUUUCUGCUAGAGCAACUUCUCCGAAGAAUGUGGAGCGUGAGAGGCAAGUAUAUAGGAGGAUUGAGCCAACAUUGAGAAACCAGAAUGCUUGUGCUACCAAGAUCCAAGCAGCUUACAGAGGCUAUAUGGCAAGGAGGAGCUUUAGAGCCUUGAAGGGUCUAAUGAGGCUCCAGGGAGUGAUCAGAGGACAGAAUGUGAAGCGCCAGACGAUGAACGCGAUGAAAUGCAUGCAGCUCUUGGUUCGCGUCCAGUCUCAGAUUCAGUCACGGAGGAUUCAGAUGUUAGAAAACCAGGCACGGCAGCAUAAGAAGAACGAUAACGAAGUUGAGUCUCAUUUGGGGAAACGGAGCCAAACUUCGGAAGCAGGGAAUGGGGAUGACUGGGACGACAGUGUGCUGACAAAAGAUCAAGUUGAGGCAGGAUUACGGAGUAAAAUGGACGCGGUCAUCAAGAGAGAAAGAGCAAUGGCAUAUGCAUAUUCUCACCAGCUGUGGAAGGGCACUCCGAGGGCUACACAACUAUCUCUAACAGACAUUCGGUCGAAUGGAUUCCCAUGGUGGUGGAACUGGCUCGAGCGUCAGCUCCCAGCCUCAUCAUCAAACAACAAACAGGAAAGCCAGCUGACAAAGAAUUUCCAACUCACUCCAACAAGACCUUCAUCCCAAGUGAAGCCUAGCCCUGUACAUCAACAACAUUUCGCCUAUGACGGCAUGGACACCCCCACACCACGGUCUACAAGGUCCACUGCCAGACAGGUUCGAACGCCGGUCCACAAGAUGACCCCAAACAACAAUGCAGCAAACAGCUCAUCAGGCCUGUCGAAGUACUCGAGAGCACGAGGAGGAGGAGGAGGAGGAGGGGGCGAUCACUCCUCCCCAUCGCCAUUCAACUUCCCAUCCAAGGACGACGACAGCCUUACAAGCUGCCCGCCAUUCUCGAGGCCUAACUACAUGACUCCAACGGUCUCCGCCAAGGCAAAGACCCGUGCCAACAGUAACCCCAGGGAGAGGUUCCCUCUCCCUGGGACGCCGAGCAGCGAGAAGAGGAGGGUCUCUUUCCCAUUUGGAGGUGGGCAAUCAUUCAAGUGGAAUGCUGGCAGUUUGUUCUCUUCCAACAACAACAACAAGGGCUCAGGAUCACCAAGGGUGAUUGACAAGCACCAGCCAAUUCACUCCAUUGGGAAUUUGAGUGUGGAUUCCACAGUUUCCAUGCCUGCUGCUGUUGGCAGAAGGCCAUUUAACAGGAGGAGAUUAGGGAUUUCGGCCUCUUCACUCCCUGCAUCUCCGGCGUCCCAAGCUAGUAUAUUACUACUCUCCGGCGGCGUUAUCUUUCUGACCGCCAUGGCGACCGAGAACAACUCCUCGGCUUCGGAUGUGCCGGUAGGCGUCUUCAUGAAACGACGGAUCCUUUCAGAAAUAAGCACACUCGGGGACGAUCUCCUAAUAGAAAUUCUGAUUCGCCUCCCCAGCCCUAAAUUCGCCUGCCGAAUCAGUACCGUCUGCAAGCGAUGGAGUUCCCUGAUCUCGAGUCCUCGAUUCAAUCGCAGUUUCGUUUCUCACCGCGAGAGCAUCAACGAACUGCAACCACCUCUGGUACUUUCCUCAGAAGACCAGCAAUCGAUCAUCCAGGGGUUUGUCCCUAUGCCUAGUGUAGAUCAUGAGCUGCGUUUCGCAGUUCUGGAUUCCUUCCAGGACUUGCUUCUAUGCGGGUUUCAGAUGCCAGAAGACCUUGAUGACGAAUUCCGCAGGUCGUACUUCCUCUGCAAUCCGUUUACGAAGCAAUGGAUCGCCCUUCCUCUGGCGCCUUGCCGGCCGACGAGGUGUUGGGGAUUGGUCGCAAGGAGAAUGGAACAAGGAUCCUCUUGUUGUUGA